AUGAGGAUGAGCAGCAUGCCAAACCCAGGGUUCUCUGAGGCGGAAAGGCCCAUUCUGUGCCAGAAAGGCACCCAGAGCUUCAGCUGGGACUUGGAGCUGGGGGUUCUUGAGGAGCUUCAUGGCAGGGAGAAGCCCUGCAAGUGCUUGGAGUGUGGGAAGAGCUUCGGGUGGAGCACCACCCUGAUCCGCCACCAGCGGACCCACACUGGGGAGAGGCUCUACGAGUGUGGGGAAUGUGGGAGGAGCUUCAGCCGGCGCUGCAACCUGAUCCGCCACCAGCAUAUCCACACUGGGGAAAGGCCCUAUGAGUGUCCCAAGUGUGGGAAGAGUUUUAAGAUCACCUCUCAUUUUCUCAGGCAUCAGCGGAUUCACACAGAGGAGAGGCCCUUCCGCUGCUCCGACUGUGGGAAGGGCUUCAAGUACAACUUUCACCUCAUCAGGCACCGGCGCAUCCACACUGGGGAGAGGCCAUACAAGUGUUCCCAGUGUGGAAAGAGCUUCUCCAACAGAUCAAACUUGGCCCUACACCAACAGGGGCACUAU